AUGGCCGACCAUAAAGCGGGCAGCGAACCAGAUCUCAAUCACAGAAGAGCAUCUCCGUCCCAAGAAGGAACAGCAAUGUCAGCAUUAACGACAAUUCCUACCUCAAUCACUCUGUCAACGGAGCAGUUCGAGAAAUUGUACCUCACCCCACUGAGGCACCGACAGCCCGCGUUCACCCAAACAUUUGGAAACCCUACUCCGCUGUGCGUAACCGAUCUACUUUUGUUUGCUCCUAAUCUCGAAUACUCAGAUGAGAUGUAUAGAGCCCUGGGUGGCUUCGUGGUAACCACGACACCACUAUCCUGUUGCUUGAUGGCCUGGCGAGGUGCUGGUGGGAAUGGAAUUGCAUUCACCGGACCCAUCAUCUUCCUCGGCGGAACGUUGCUGGUUAUCACCAGUAUCUUGGAGUUUAUCCUAGGGAAUACAUUCCCCUGCGUUGUGUUUGGCACUAUCGGAGGAUUCUGGUUCGCCUUCGGAGCAACCCAAACCCCAGCUUUCAAUGCCGCCGCCCCAUACUCCACCUCAACGACGAAUACAAUAGAAGGCCUCCAUAGCCCCGAAUUCCUCAAUACAUACGCGUUCCUCUUCGUCUCAAUGGCCAUCCUAGUCACCAUCUACAUGAUCUGUGCCACCCGCACAAACGCAGUCUAUGUCCUCAUCUUCGCCGCCCUCAUCGUCGUUUUCGUCUGUCUAGCCGCCGCAUACUGGCGUCUAGCGAACGGGGAUGCUAUUAUUGGGAAUCGUCUGAUUGUUGGAGCCGGGGCUGCGUUGUUCGUAGCUAGUCUCUUAGGGUUCUAUUUGCUCGUUGUGCAAUUGUUUGAGGCUUUGGGGUUUCCGGUUAAUCUGCCUGUGGGGGAUUUGAGUGGGUUUUGGGGUAGGGGGAGGGAUGGUGAACGAGAUGUAGAAAUGGUCGGUGAUGUUGGGGGAAAGGUGUGA